AUGCGGCAACAGUGGCGGCUGAUUCUGGCUGUGGAAUGUAUCUCUAUAUGUAUUUCCAGUCAGUCUUUUCCUCAGAAGAGACAGUGUGCAUUCCAAGUGACUCCCCAGAACAACAUAUACACAACUGUUGGCAAUGUGAAUGGGUCGGUGCAGGUCUGUGAGAACACCCAAUGCUGUGUAGGCUAUUAUGUGGUCGUUAAUGGACAGCCAACGGUUGACGUUCUUGCUUGUGAUAUAGUUGAAAAGUCGUGCCCAGAUGCAACCUGCAAGGCCCAAACACGCUUCAACGGUCGUGUCAUUAAGUGUGUGUGCAACACAGACCUCUGCAACAGCAACAUCACUUGGACAUCAGAGUCAGAAGAGCCUCUGCUCACCUACUCAUACUCUGGAGAUGAAGCCGUGAAAACUGCUGUAAUUCUUGUCGGAACUCUGCUAGUCCUGUGUUUCAUGGUCGUUGCUGCCAAACAGAGAUGCCUCUUUAAAAAGAAAAAGGAGAAUCCACUCGCCCCUGAUGAUUACAAUGUCUCACUUCUGUGUUCCUGCGAAACACCAAAAGCCUCUGAGAUUGACGUUGCUAACAUUGAGCUACAGCAGAUUGUGGGCCAUGGGCAAUUUGCAACUGUUUGGCAGGGGAAAUACCAGGGAUCCGUGGUGGCUGUGAAAGUGUUCCCUCCUGGCUGGAAACAUAAAUUCACUGCAGAGAAGGAGGUUUAUGAGCUACCACUCAUGAAGCAUGCUGGCAUUGUACAGUUCCUGGGCACUGGGAUGAAACCGGAUGGAGGCGGUUGGCUCAUUGUCCUGCAAUUUGCUGAACGUGGUACUCUCCACUCCUUUCUGCGUGAAAACACCAACAACUGGAUGCUGUCUUUGAAGCUGUGCCAGUCUUUAUCACAGGGACUUUCCUAUCUUCACUCUGACCUUUGCAGACAUGAUGUGCAUAAACCUCCUGUGGCCCACAGAGACUUAAGCAGCUCUAACGUGCUCGUGAGAGCAGAUGGUACCUGCGCCCUGUGCGAUUUUGGAUGCUCCACCAUCCUGCGUCCUUUUUCAGGACAUCGCUGCAGGCAGGGCCACACAACAAACAUGGAGGGUCAUGCUCAAUUGGGCACGCUGCGCUACAUGUCCCCUGAGAUCCUGGAAGGCUCUGUAAACCUGCAAAACACCUGGUGUCUCAUGCAGGGGGACAUCUAUGCUUUGGCACUGCUGCUGUGGGAGAUCUGGAUGCGCUGCUCGGAUUUAUUUGAAGGCGGUAUUGCUCCACCGCAUCUGUUGCCUUAUGAAUCUGAGCUGGGAGCCAGUGUAACUCAGGAGAGCCUCAUCCUGUAUGUGUGUCACAUGGACGAGAGACCCUCCAUACCUCCACACUGGGAGAUGCUACCACAGGCAUCUGUGCUGCAGGAGAUCCUGGCAGAUUGUUGGGACCGUGAUGCCGAUGCCCGCCUGACUGCUCAGUGUGUUGCAGACAGAUUGUCCUCUCUUCAGUCUUGCAGCUCUCCAUGA